ACCUGUUUACUUUCAUUCCAACCGACUAUAUCAUAUCAGCCGAACCAUAGGAUCCAAAAAACAUUGCCAUGAAAUAGAUUUAAGACUUCUGUGUGGGGUCGAAUUGCAAUUUGGAUUAGGUUUUAAUUCUAACCUAGGCUUGGAUGGGGUUAAAACCCAGAUGGAAUAGGUCCAGGAAUUGGAUUGGAUUCGGGUUAGGGAAGUAGUUGAGUCAGAAUACAGUUUGGGUUUGUUGGAAUGUAAUUUGGAUUAGGGUCAGGGGUUGACGUGGAUUUGUAUUGAAGUGGAGUCGUGGCUGUUUUGGGGUUGAAUUUAUUUCAGGCGUGAAUUUGAAUUGGAAAUGUAAGUUGAAUGAGGUAAAGGGUUGACACGGGCUUGGACUGGAGUUGAUUCUGAUUUGGGGUGGCGUGCUGUGCGGGGCUUGCUGUGUUGCGGGCGGAGAGCUGACUGCUGAAAGUCAGUGACUCGCAAUCAUUAAUUCAUUCCUCUCCUCCCUUUCCUCUGGCGAGGAACGCAACCCAUGAGAGCGGGUUGAGUCAGCAGUACAUGAGGCCGCUGUAAAUAACCCGGCCCCCGGCAAAAGGCGCACACACUGGGAGAGGUCCGGGGGCCACGGACGGGAAGGAGGAGACGCAACAAAAAAAAACCAAACCCCACCGCCCUCAACAUCAGAAAUUAAAUAACAGGAAGGAGAAAAAGAUCAGAUUGUAGAAACUUGCGGUGAGGGUCGCCGGGCCGACUGAGGGCGGAACACGAAGCGAAACGACGGAGCGAAGCGGGCAGUGAGGGAGCCUGGAGCUUGGCCAAGCCCAAGCCCGAGAGGAGCAGCUGCGGAAGUGCGGCGGCGGCGGCGGCAGCAGCGGGGCCUGGGAGGCGCAGGGCCGCCAGUGAGAGCGGGGAGCGGGGAGUGGGCUCUCGGCCGCCCCCGGUUAUUGUUUCCGCCACCGCCUGACACAAAGUCCCGCAACUUCGGGAUCGGCCCGACCAGCGGCUCCCCCUGCCUGACCCCCCUCCCCUCCCCUGGGCCCCGCGCCGCUCCCGCCGCCUCUCCUCACGGCACCAGAUGCCGAUCGCCUCGCCUUCUCACUCGGCUCAGGAGCCCUGCCUCUACCCCCGGCUGCGGACCGGGCCCUCUCCGCCCAAAGACACCGGCGAUCGCAGCCACGACCAAGGCGCGCCCGCAGAGCAGCCGCGGCCCCCGAGUAACCUGGCGGCGGGCGGCGGGCUGGGUCCCGAGGGCUCGCUGCGGCAGGAGCCGUGGGACCGGGGUGCGGGCAGAUUCCCCCCGCCUGCCCAGCACCCGUUGCUAGAAGCUCCCCGGACGCGCUCCAGAUCCAGGUCGGGACUCGGUGGCGGCGGCAUAAACCCGCCGAGGGCAGGCGGCCUCCAGCCACAGGCCGGCUGUCAGGGCCACGGCGAUCGUCCCGCCAUGGGGCAUGGAGGCGCGGCCGGAGCGGCGAGGCCAGCAGGUGGCAUGGAUACUUCCUUUCAAUAUCACCCAAGUCCGCAUGACCUGCCUUUAAUUGAAGAUAGUGAUAAGAGUGAAGAAAGCCCAAGUCCUAAGCGCCAGCGCCUCUCUCAUUCGUUUUUUGAAUACGCACCGGUAUCUCCUGCUCCAUCACCACCAAUGCGACCAUGGGAGAUGACUUCAAAUAGGCGACCUCCCUCAGCUCGACCAAAUCAACAUUACUUCUCAGGGGAAAGAUGCAAUACACCUUCACGCAGUAGGAGAAGUCCUCCUGUUAGACGACAGCGAGGGAGACGUGAAAGACUAACUAGAAAUAGUUCUCUGAGCCAAGAUGAAAACUACCACCAUCAUCCUUAUGGACAACAGCCAAUUGUGGAAGAACCCAGAGCAUUUCAUCCUCCAAAUAUAUCUGCACGCAUGCUCCACCCUGCCGCACACCCUCCUCAGCAGAAUGCUGUGGUGGUUGAUAUCCAUGAGCAGAUUCAUCAAGGCACCGUUCCUGUCUCGUAUACUGUUACUACUGUAGCACCACAUGGUAUCCCACUUUGCACAGGACAGCACAUCCCAGCGUGUAACACACAAGUUCCAGGGUGUUCGGUCGUAUUUAGUGGACAACAUUAUCCUGUGUGCAGUGUUCCUCCUCCGAUGCUCCAAGCGUGUUCUGUACAACAUCUGCCAGUUUCAUAUGCUGCAUUUCCUCCUCUUAUCUCAAGUGAUCCCUUUAUAUUGCACCCUCCACAUCUGUCACCCCACCAUCAUCCUCAUGUGCCACCUCCGGGUCAGUUUGUUCCUUUCCAAACACAACAGUCACGGUCGCCUUUACAAAGGAUAGAAAAUGAAGUGGAGUUAUUGGGAGAACAUCUUCCUGUCAGUGGUUUCGCUUAUCCUCCGUCGCCACAUCCGCCUACCCUGCCUCCAUCUGCACCGCUCCAGUUCCUGCCACACGACUCUCUUCACCAAGAGCUGCCAUUUGGAGUUCCGUAUCCUCAUUUCAUGCCUCGAAGACUGCCAGGACGCAGAUAUCGCUCACAGCAACCCUUACCACCUCCACCAUAUCAUCCCAGCUUCUUGCCAUAUUUCCUUGAGCCCAUUUACAGCUCUGCCAACCGUCUUGACUUCUCUACUCUCCAUACCCACUACAAUCUCACACCCUCUGAACACACUCAUACCUACCUCAUGACCAUGACCACCAAGCCAUCAUUUCCCGGACUGUCUCUGAUUUCAUCACCUCUGGCAAUCUGUCCUCCACAGCCAUGCAAAGACGCCAGAUCAAUGCUUCCAGUGCCACCUACGGUGGGACCAGCUUUUAGUUUGGAAUUGGAUGUGGAGGAUGGCGAAGUGGAAAAUUACGAGGCACUUCUUAACCUGGCAGAAAGACUGGGAGAAGCCAAACCGCGGGGACUUACUAAAGCAGACAUUGAACAACUUCCAUCAUAUAGAUUUAACCUUAACAACCACCAGUCGGAGCAAACAUUAUGCGUUGUGUGCAUGUGUGAUUUUGAGUCAAGACAACUACUUAGAGUCUUACCCUGCAACCAUGAGUUUCAUGCCAAGUGUGUCGACAAAUGGUUGAAGGCCAAUCGUACGUGUCCAAUUUGUCGAGCAGAUGCUUCAGAAGUUCACCGUGAUUCAGAAUGAGACCAGUUUAAUAGCACAAAUUUGGUUGUUCCUUGUUGCAUAUGAAUGAACUAUCCAUUGAACAUGCCUAUUGUGGCUUCCAGCCUUCCCUUUACAUUAAGGGUCAUGAUGUGAUGCAGUUAUUUGACCUCCCUUUGCACUGUGUGAUUUAAUGAUUUAUAAAGCUUAUAUAGUCUUCACAUUGAACAAUUAUGGGAUUGUUAUACUAACAGUGUGAUUGGAACUCCAAAGAAUUUUUUUCAGCUUAAUUUGUGUGUGCACUAACAUUCCCUUUUUUGUGUGAUCAUUCCGGGUAUUGCUGCAGGAUUACAGUGGAUGUGAUCUUUUAGCAUGUGUGCUUUUAUAUAUUUAACACACACAUGUAUAUGUGUGUGUGUGUUAUAUAUUAUAUAUAUAUAUAUAUAUAUAUAUAUAUAUAUUAUUUUAUAUUAUAUAUAUAUAUAUAUUAGUUCAACAAUUUUAGCAGUCUACCUUAGAGCCUUCAGGUACUGUGAGUGAGAGUGAUUGUAGGUGUGCAAGUAUUCUAGCCACAUGUACUUUGUCAGAUAAACUUAAGUACUGGCAUGAUGUGAGUUGUAUGUGUGUAGUCUUAAUUAUGCUGAAAUGUAUAGUUAUUUAUACAGUACUAGUACUGUACACUGGUUUGUAUCUUUCUGUUUGCAGUUGCACACUGUAAGUUAAGGGUGCAGCAAUUAUGUAAAUUUUAUCAGCCAGUUACCCCUCAGUAUUGUAUAAUGGCAAAUUGGAAAACCAUAUGAUAAAAAAUUAGUCAAUGAAUUAGAUAAAUGAAUAGUCAAGAAAUAUGUUGAUCUGUAAAAUGGUAUAUUGUAACCCAAAGUACAAAACAAGUAUCUGCUUGUUAAUACUAAGUAUCUACUUAGUGAAAUACUUUGCUGUCCAGUGACGUAUAAUGAAUGUAAAUUCUGUAAGCAGAAUGACAAAGGGGUUUGAAAGCUGGGUGUUGUAUAAUAAUAUUAUAUGUGACUGAAAUUACUGGCCAAUCUGAUAACAUAGGCCACCCAUUGUGCAAAAUAUUCCGAUAAGCACCUUAAGACCUAACCUGAUUUGUUCAGUUAUUUUGCUACUUAAAAAGAGACAUUUCUCCAUUUUAUCUUCUGAUCUUAAUGAAUGCUUCCAUGUUGCAUCCGUCCUAGCACAAUAUUAAUUAUUGUUUCUUUCAAACUUUCUGAUUGACCACAGCACAGCACUAUUAGGCAUUCUACUGCCUUCAGCUCCACCUUUGUGAUCAAAUAAAAUGUUCUCCAUCUUAAGUAUUUUAGUUCUUUCUCUUGACAACGCUCUAUAAUUUUUACUAUUAGCCUGAGUAGUAAUUUCCCCAUAUCUGCAAAUAAACCCCAAUAAAGUUAUUUGCAUAUAUAAGUGCCCAAGUCACAAUGCUUGGGAUUUUCAUUUAAAAUUUGUAGGAAAGAACCGAGCAGUUAUUAGGUCUAUUAAGUGGUAACCAAAUUAUAAUCAACAGUUUGUGGUAUUUGAUUCAAUUUUUAACAAAUUUUGUAAAAGAAAAAUUGCGAAAUUACUAUUUUUAUAGUACGAAAUAGGGGCCAACCGCUGAAUAAAAACAUUUGGAGAAGAUCUAAAGCAGAUUUGGAUUGAAGAAAUUUCAUGCCUCCUUUUCUUUGAUCCUUCAAGAUUGUAAUCGACUCAGUAGUCAUUUACAGUAAAUCAAUAUUGAUUAUUCUUGUAGAUUUUUAAUAUUUUGCUAAUAAAAAUUCACUAACAUUUGGUUGAAGCAAAGAUUGCAAUCAAUUGGUUUAUAAAUUCUCACUUUAGGAUGCAACUUGUAAUUUACUGUAAUUAUUUAAUAAUCUAACAUACACCAGACAGUUUAUGUUUUUGAUUUAGAUUGUUGGGAUGAAUUGAGAGCCUGGUGUUGCAACAGACCAGACCUGGCUUAUAACUGCUUGUUACUUAAACUGGAUACAGAAUGGAAACAAAUUUAAUUUCCAUAUGUGGUUAUUAUUUCAUUUAAUAACAAUGGUCUAAAAAUUGAAACCUUAAUUGACUUCUCGCCUUCGACCUCAGUUGUAGUUGUGACUUAAUAAUGAUUUGUGGUGGAGUAUUGACAUCAAUAACAUAUCAGUAUUGAAACAUUCUAUGAAAUUGGAGUCAUUAGAACUUGGAGAUAUCAACAAUAUACAAGCAAAAAGCUAGCAAAUUAUAUCUGCACACCAAAUAUUAGCAACUGGUAUUACUUUUUAUAGUUUUGUUAAUGUUCUAGAUUUGAAGACUGUUUCUCUUAAAGUGUAUCCAAUACUUUGAAAGGCCAAUACUUUGAAGCUUGAGACGGUCGAAAAUGCAGAAAAAGAUGAUAUCAUUAUCAUCAUUAUCACUAUUCAGUUACAUGUGUACAAUAAAUAUUUUUCAUCAUGACUUCCUCAUCAGGCCAAAUGCAAUGUGUAAUUCUUGAGUAGAAGCAAGAUAUGUAAAAGCACAGCCAAAGAUUGUAAAUAUUGCAGGAAGAAUUUAUAAAUUAGAACCAGGGUGAGCUAAAUUUAAAAAUUCUUGAUGUGUUCUCGAUACAUUUUCCUUCUUUAAAUUAUUUAUAGAAUCAUGGAAGAAAAUUUGUAAAUACGGGCCUCUUAGGCACACUGGAUUAUUAUAAUUCAGUAUACAAGGUAUUAGUGUAGUGAUAAUGGACGUGCAAAAUUUUAAAGAUAUAAGAUAUGUACAACUGAUAGUAUGAAUAGUGUUAUCUUUUAUUCUUUUAAUACAUAAUUUCCUUUCUGAUUUGAAGAUCUUGAAUGUACCUUUAAUUAUAGUUGAGCUUUUGGUUAUUCGUUCGUUUUGUGCAUUCCUUGUAGUAGUCUUAAAUAUCCCAAGGCACUACACUAUCAGACAUUUGUAGUGCCAUGCUCCAGAAUGUACAGAAGCACUGUGUGACACUUUUUUUCCUGCAUGAUUACUAAUUCCUGAUAUUAUUUGAACCAGUGUUAAAUCCGUUUUUGUGCUUAUAAUUCACCGCUACUAUAAUGCUGAGACAUACUGAUGCUGAACAUAGCAUCAUCUGAAUGAUGAUAUUUAGGUUAAGUGGCGCUGCCAAUAGUUAUUUUUAAAGAUUCAUUAUUGUUGUGUCAUCAUAAUUAAUUGUAACACUCAUGGCAGAAUUAAUGAGAUCAGAUUGGAAUUAUUUUAUUUGGAGAGAAUAGCUUUCAUUUAAUCUUCAUAUGGAAAUUGGAGUCAGAGAGGAAGCAAAGUAACAAUUUAGGUCUGGUUAUUGGCAAAGUUAAUUGUUGCACUCUUAAUGCUUAACCACUUUUAAAAUGUUUCUUAUUUUUGCAUGGAGACUGUAGGACAGAUGUGUGCAGACUUUGCUUUCUGUGGUCAGUGUGUUUUAAGUACAUGUGCAUGUGAUUCAAGCAAACUCAUACUGGCCGUGGCUGCAUCUGCCCAGCUGGGGUUGGUUUGGGUGGGAAUGGGGAUUCAUGCUGAGCUAUUACUGCCAUGAACUGUAAUGCGCAUUUUGUAUUUAAUCCCACAGUCUGUAUGAUGUAAGGGAAGCAACAACUUGCAGUAGGAUCUGUUGUGUUGGUUGACCCCACAAAUAUUGGGUUUAUCAAUGUGUCCGGCUCACCAUUUUUUAAAAUGUUUUGCAUGCCGUUUUAGGUAACAUUUUGAAAUUUCUGUUAAUUGUAAACAAAUAUCACAAAGACCUAGUGAUACCCCAGGUUUUGGUCAUUAUUUCAAGAAACCAAGAGUUUAAAGCUAGACUGUUAACCUUCAAAAGGAUUUCCAUACUGAUCCUUUUUUUUUUAAAGAAGUUUGUUCUAAAUGCAGCAACAUUUGGGGUAACGUCUUAAAAGUGUGAUAUUGAAGAUGGGGUUUCAACGGCAGCCUAAAUUUCUAGGGGAAGUAAAACCUGAAGCACAUACAAUCUGGGUCAUCUUUAGGUCUUAAUGAACAUUUUUUUAGCGGGAUUUUUAUUUGGUACAUAUACUGUUACCUCAUUUGCCACUAUAUGUUUAAAAAUUGCUGAUGAAUCAGUAAAAAAGCAAGUUACAUUUUUUGGAGGCUUUUGAGCAUUUAAUUAAAUCAUUCAUAUAUUCUAUCAUUUAACAUGACAAGUAGUUUUCAGUGUUGUAUUAUAAAUCUAUCUGUAACCAAAUCAUUUGAAAGCUUGAUAAAUUUUUAACAAAAUUUGUACAUUUUUUAUGGAAGUUACUAGUAAUGCUUUACUAAGUAGUGCAAUGAUUUUUUAUUUUUAAUCCCUGUGCCCAAUUUUGAAGUUGAGAGGGUUGUUCAUUUAAUAAAUGUAUGAUGUAUA